AUGUCUAAUUCAUCAUCAUCAUCCUCCUCAAGCUCUGAUUACGAAUCAACCGAAUACGAAUCAAUCAAUCGGGUUGUUUCCAAGAUGAAUGCAGUUUUCAAUCCCGAGGCCAUAGGCGCUUGUCUUAGCAUUAUCUUUGAUGAAAAAGAAAACCAAAGCCAAGCAGCUUCAAGUUCUUCAGCACCCAAGUUGACUAGAAGGGUGAUCAAUCGAGAUCACCUUGGUGCUGUAAUCCUUUUAUACGAUCAUUACUUUGCGCCUAACUGCAAUUACCCACCCGACAUGUUUCGUAGAAGGUUUAGAAUGCGAAAGGAAAUGUUUCUCCGCAUAGCGCGAGAUAUAUACUCCUUUAACAGCGUUCAACCGCUACCGAGUUUUUUUCAGUUUUUCCACAAAGGGCCGACGAAUGCUUCUGGUCGUCCCGGUUUUAACUUUUUCCAGAAAUGCAUUUCUGCAAUACGCCAGUUAGCGUAUAGGUAUAAGGCUGAUGCUUUGGAUGAGUAG